CUGAAACAGAAAAGUUGUCUAAUGAUGACAUUUUAUAAGUAGGCCUAUUAUAAAUCGAUCUGUCAAAAUAUAAUUAUGAAAAUAAAUUCAUGAAAAUUUUGGUCUGAACAAGUGAGGCUUGGAAGGUUGCUCGACCCACUGUUUCCCUGUAGGCCUACCUAACAGUGUUACGUGUAAGUGGUGGCGCUAAGAACUGAACGUCGAAGUAGAAACAUAAGACGACUUAUUAGAAAUUCAUCAAUAGUUAAUUGCAAAUGAACGCAAUGACAAGUUGGAGGGGGCUGAGGAGACAACCAGUCGCUUCAAACAAUUCAGAAGAAGAAUUUCCAUAAAAGGUUUAAAAAGAUCACUGAGUCGUGAGGCAUCUAGUCCAACGUCGCCCCCGCCGACUAUUGAAGAAAAUGGAAAUAUUGAUGGUGCUUUUACUAACUCCAGUGCAAUAUUUAGGGGAAUAACAGAGGAGAAUGGCAAUCGACUAAUGGGAACGUCUACUAGCUCUACGUUUACAUCUAAAGGUAGUCGGCCGGCCUUGUACCGGUACCGCUCGGCAAAUGAUGCUUUGCCACAACUAUACAACAACUAUAUGAUGGAGUUUGAGAAACAGAAAAGCAAAGAUGACUAUGUCAGAAAACCACGUCCUAGAAGUAUGCUGGCUAGUACAUGUGCUACCCAAGGCCGCCUUGAGUCCUACAAGAAGAUUUGUCAGCUUGGUGAGGGUUCAUAUGCCACAGUGUUCAAGGCCCAUUCUGUUGUCAACAACCAAAUUGUAGCUUUAAAGGAGAUUCGUCUACAGGAAGAAGAGGGCGCACCAUUUACAGCAAUACGUGAAGCAUCAUUAUUAAAGGGGUUGAAGCACGCGAACAUUGUGCUGCUUCAUGAUAUAAUUCACACGAAAACGUCAUUGACAUUUGUCUUUGAAUAUGUGAAUACCGAUUUAAGCACACACCUCGAGAACCAUAGCAGUGGUUUACAUCCAACCAAUGUUUGUCUGUUCCUCUUCCAACUUCUACGUGGACUGGCGUUCUGCCACCAGCGCCUAAUUCUACACCGGGAUUUAAAACCACAGAACAUUCUCAUUAGUGAAAUUGGUGAGCUGAAACUUGCUGAUUUUGGCCUUGCUAGAGCCAAGUCAAUCCCCAGCAAGACCUAUUCACAUGAAGUUGUAACCCUAUGGUAUCGACCUCCUGAUGUCCUCCUUGGCUCCAAAGAUUAUUCUAUACAGUUAGAUAUGUGGGGUGUAGGGUGUAUUUUUGUUGAGAUGAUCACGGGACAAGCACUGUUCCCUGGAAUGAAAGAUUUUAAAGACCAACUAGAAAGAAUAUUUAAGGUAUUAGGAACACCGACUGAACAAAUCUGGCCAGGUGUUUCAUCACUACCCCAUUACAAACAAGCUUGUACGAAGAUGCAUCGACUGAAAUCAUUACGGCAGUCUUUUCCAAAGUUAUGCAACAUUCCAUGGUCUGCUGAACUAGCUGAGCAACUCUUGCAAAUGGAUCCAAAGAGGAGGAUAAAGACAGGAGAAUGUAUGAGGCACCAGUACUUUAGAUGUCUCCCAUCAGUUAUUCAUGAGUUACCUCACACUACUUCCAUAUAUAACAUUCCUAGUGUGGUCUAUCAACCAGAAUCAACUAGUAAUUAAAGACCAUAAUGAGAGAUGUAGGUUUCAGAAGUGAUUGAGCAGCUAUGCCAGUCUUGCCUAUUCAAGCAGAAUUAAUAUACAGGUGAACAGUAGGCUUAAUAUUGUAUCCAGGUGGCCACAUAGCAAAUCUUCUGAAAAAUUUAGCAGUGACAUCGCUAAUUAAACAAAUGUAACAUGUUCAUACAAUAUAAACAAAUUUCAUGACUUUGUUUUAUUAACUGGAAUUUUCUUACAAUUACUUUUUGAGCUAAUCAAAUUAAAAACAAGAUGCCAAUUUCAAUUUCAUAAAAAUUAUAUGAUUUUUUUAGGCCUAUUACUGUAUUUACUAUUUUAUGUUAAUAAUUCAGAAAUGUUAAUUUUAGAUUUUAGUUUUCUUGAUGUUCUUUGUGUAGUGGAAUAAUAUAUAUAAUAAUAAUAGUAAUAAUGAUAUAUAAGUAUGAAUUUUAUAUCACCUAUUAUAUAUAGUGCCAUAAAUUCUUAUAACCUGAAAAAUUGUGAUGCCAGAAAUUCUUUCAAUUUUAUGGCACUAUGCUCUAUGUUUG